AUGCGUGGUGGUGGCCAAAAUGAAGUGACUGCCAAUGGCGAAAGAGAGGAGCGCAAACACAAAAACGAAUUGCUUAAAAAUUCCAGUUGGAAGGGGGCUUCUAGCAUCUCCUCUUCUUCCAAACAGAGACAGCUAUCAUGGCCUGGUGCGAUACAACUUAUUAAAAUCAACGAGCUUUUUACGGAUACGGAAAAAAUGAAAGACGAACUGAGUGUUUUCAAUGAAGAUGUGAAGAAUAUUAGUGACAAUUAUAAUGACACAAUACCAGAACUCACCAGAUUAAAUACAGAGUUUAAAGAUAUUCAUACAGAGGUGAAUAGGACUCAACCUGGAUUGGCAGGGUUGAAUUUGAUUGAUUUCGGUUUUGAUCAAGUAAAAGUUAAGCCCAUAGUCGCUAGUGCGUAUAUAUACCAGUUUGUGGACAGAUUUGUUCAUUUCGCACAAGAAAUGGAACCAAUCAAGCAGGAAUUGGACUCUAUGCCAAAUAAUAUAACAGAUAAAAUUAAGGAUGAGUUGAACCUCACUGAGUUUUAUACACAAAUAGAGACACAAAUUACUAGCCAAGUUGAAGACAUAAAACCACAAAUAAGCAAUGCAGCCGAUACUAUCCCUCAAUAUAUUGGAAAGGCUCAACCAUAUAUUUCACCUGCUCUGUAUGCUCUAGCAGGAAUCAUGAUUCUGAUAGCCAUUGCCUUCUUCGUCUGUUUGAUGCUUUUCAUUGUGGAAGCUUGUCGUUUUCGCCUCUUUUCCUGCAACGGAGAAGGUCCAUCAGAGCUUGCAAGUAUUGAGAAACUCAGGCGAAGGAGUCGAGCGUGUGGUGGGUGUCGUUUCUGCAUGUGCUCCUUCCUCCUCAUUUUCGUGAUUAUUUUUGCGAUUUUGGCCGCAGUAAUCUUGGUCAUCAGCAGUUUCCUUGCGGCUGAGUUGUGUCCCUACGUGUGGCAGGCAAAAGGGGUCAAUCAAAGUGAUUACGUGUUAAAUAGUUUUGUAGAUCAAAAUUGGCCCCCAAUAUCAAACGACCUGCUUGAUAUGCCAGCACCGAAUAACGUAUUGUUCGCCAUCGGCAACACCUGCAAACCAACUCCAUCAACCGAUCCAAAACUUCUUCCCAGUAUUGGAGUCAAUAAAAUAACCAACUUAACUAAACUUUCCGAUGAUCCUAACAUUGUCGACAAAUUUGAAGAGAUGAGCAAGGAAAUGGCUGACCAAAUCUCGACAAGUAUUAAGGAUCAAAUUAUAACUUCAAUCCAGGAGUUAAGACAAAUGAUAGCGUUUCUUGAACAAACCCUACAAGCUGUGGAAGCUGAUAAAGCUGUGGUGGAAUUGGAGAAAUUUACUAAAGUUACGAUUAAGGAAUUAAGGGAACUUCGAAGUCAUGUAAAUGACACUGCACAGGCCAACAAGUUGACAACUGCAAUUGAUGAGCUCGAAAAUCUUAUGCCGAAAGUUGAAAAAGUUCAAGGAGGAUAUAAAGGAGUGGACGCUAAGAGACAGUUACCAGCAGAUUUUGAAAAAUACCUCGAUAAAGUCGAAGGCAUUUUGACGGACAUGAAGGAUAAAAGCACUAUGGAAGGAAUUAUGGAAAAAGAUGUUUCUCCAGAAAUACGGAAACUAUUGAUAAAGCUUUUGAAACAAGGUGAUGCAUCAGUGAAUUCAAUCCCGGAGGAAGUUCUCAACUGUGCAAGCAUCCACUACAUUGCGACAUCACUAAUUGCCACAGGGUGCUCCAACUCGGGAUUGAAUAGUCGCUUCUUUGGAUGGGCACUCGCACUAAUUCUUACCGUUCUCUUCAGUUUUCUCUCCUUCGUUGGACUUUUCAACCUCUGGUGCUUCCAGUCACAUCAAAUACGACGCUUCUACGGCUCAUAG